CCUUUCAAAAGAAAAUAAUAAUAAUAAUAACGUUUUACAUCCGGCUGCCACUCGAUCGCUUGUUGUCUACUUCUCUUUCACCACCGCUCGCUCGCUGCUACUCUUCAGAUCUGCUGCUCCUUUUCAUAUCCGUUUCUACUCAUCACCAGAAUCAUGACAACAACAAUCGCCAAGCUUGCUCACUUACAAAUCCCACUUGAAGAUGUAGUAAAGGCCACCAACAACUUUCAUCAUGAUAACGUCAUCGGACGCGGUGGAUUGGGACAUGUAUACAAAGGACAACUCCAGCGGUCCGGGGAGUUGAUCACCAUUUCUGCGCUGAGGUUAGAUCGUAAGCAUGGUGGAGGAGUCGUAGAGUUCUGGACGGAAGUUUCAAUGCUUUCAGAUCUCAAGCAUCCAAAUAUAGUCUCUAUAGUCGGAUUUUGUGAUGAACAACAUGAGAAGAUCAUUGUAACCACGUAUGAGGCCAAAAAUGGAAGUCUCAAGGAGCAUCUAAGCAACCCGAACCUCACAUGGACACAAAGAUUGAAGAUAUGUGUAGGCGUGGCUCGUGCGUUGAGUUACCUCCAUUAUGACCAGCGCCGUGGUUAUGGUGUUAUACAUCUCAACGUCAACAGCUCGACAAUUUUAUUAGACGAGAACUGGGAACCCAAGUUAUCCGGUUUUAAAGUUUCCAUCAAACAAUCACUUAACCGAAUGGACCAGGUCGUCCUUUCUGAACCUAUUGGCACAAUAGGGUAUUUGGACCCAGAAAUUGAAAAGUCCAAAGGGGUGACCUGCAAGUCGGAUAUCUACGCAUUCGGUGUUGUUUUAUUCGAGAUAUUGUGUGGGAGGAGAGCAUAUAUUAGGAACGAUGCUAAUAGGUUGCUAGCUCCAUUGGUCAUGCAACAUUAUGAAAACGAAACGUUGCCAGAUAUAAUCCAUCCCGAUCUAAAGAAUCAAAUGUCCGGAUUCCAAAUAUCCGUAAGAUCACUCAGAACAUACUCAGAAACGGCAUAUUCUUGCUUAAAGGAAGAGCGAACACAUCGCCCACAUAUGCUCAGUAUUGUUAAUGAACUUGAGAAAGCAUUGGAGAAAGCAUUGAAGUUUCAACCCCCACCACCUGAAAAAUGUGGAAAUAAUUUGGAACAUUUGAAGAUUCGGCUGGAUGAUAUAAAGUUAGCCACCCAUAAUUUUUCAAACGAAUACAAAACUGAUACUGGCGAGUUGUAUACUUGGUACCAAACAGAGCUCAACCAUUUUGAUAAAGAAAACCCUUCCUUUGCAGAAGGGAAGUGUACAAGUAAACAAUCCAAUAGACACACCCCUGUAGUUAUAAAGCGUUUCCUUUCUAAAGAUGACGAUCUCGGAGAAGAACUAUUUUUUACAGAACUUGAAGUACUUACUAGUAUUAAGCAUCACAACAUAGUCACCCUAAUAGGAUUUUGUGUUGAAGGUUUCGAGAUGGUACUUGUCACCGAGAAAUUUUCUAAUUGUAACCUUUGGUAUUAUUUGGGAAAUUUCAAUGACAUGCAUAAAUUAACUUGGGAAAAACGUUUGAAAAUCUGCAUUGAUAUUGCACAGGCGUUUAUUUACCUCCACAAUGAGAUGGAAGACAAAAAAAUGAUAAUACACGGUAAUAUAGAUAGCGCCAGAUUUAUGUUGGAUGAGAAUUGGGUGGCAAAGAUUGAAGACUUUGAGUUCGCGGUCUUCCUACCUCCAAAUCAAAAAGAUGAAGCUCUAUGUGAAAGGGCAAAGUUUAAGUCAAAGUACUAUUUAGAUCCAGAAUAUGCGAAGACCGGUAAGCUAAAAAGAGAGUCGGAUGUGUAUAGCUUUGGAGUAGUUAUGCUUGAAAUUCUAUGUGGAAGGUAUGCUGAUGACCAAAUUUACCUUAACAAGAGUGAGGAAGGGCUUGUUCAUGUUGCAAGAGCAAACUUUUGCAAUGGAACAAUAGAGGACAUGAUAGAUCCUACACUAAAGGAAGAAACCGGUAAAAUGAGUUAUAUUUCAAAUAGAGGAGCCAACAAGGAUUCUUUGCAGAUAUUUUUAGAAGUUGCAAACCUAUGUGUGGCAAAGACUAAAGAUCAACGCCCAACUAUGACAGUUGUUCUCAGUGAACUUGAGAAAGCAUUCAUCUUUCAAGUGGAGCAAGUACAGCAGCCGAAUAAGGAACAAGUUGACGACAAACUUCAUAUGGCAACUCAUGAAAUUCCUGUAAGACCUUCCUUUUCAUCUUUUUUGUUAGUAGGGAAGAACUUGGAACACUUGAAGAUUCCUCUCACUCAUAUUCAAUCAGCAACCCAUGAUUUUUCAAUCGAAUACAGAAUUACAACUUUUGUGGAUGGCUAUGCUUUCUACAGAGCAGAACUCGAGCAUUAUGAUAAAGAGAAUCCAUCAUCCAAGAGACACAACACUGUACUUAUCAAACGCUACCCCCCUUCUGGAAUUGAGUUGUUUGGAGAAAAAGAGAUUCUCACAGAAAUAGAAAUUCUUUCCGGUGGAGUUAAGCAUCCCAACAUAGUCAAUCUGCUUGGAUUUUGUCUUGAAGCUUCUGAGAUGAUCCUUGUCAUUGAAGAUUUUUCUAAUGGAUUUCUUGGUGAUUAUUUGGGAAACCUCAAAGACAAACGUCUUUUGACAUGGGAAAAACGUUUGAAAGUAUGCAUUGAUGUUGCACACGCAUUAAGGUACAUUCACACUGAGAUGGAAGACCAAACGAGGAUAAUAAACCGUGAUAUAUGGAUCUACAACAUUGGGUUGGAUGCGAAUUUGGAGGCAAAGAUUGUUAACUUUUGGCGGUCCGUAUUCCUGCCUCGAAAUCAAGAAGACGAAGCUCUCUAUCUCGAAUAUAUUGGCACACGUAACUAUGCAGAUCCGGAAUAUAAGAAGACUGAUAAGCUAAAAAGAGAAUCCGAUGUUUAUGGUUUCGGAGUAGUCUUGUUUGAAAUUCUAUGUGGGAGGUUAGCCAAUGACCCAAUAUACCUUAAGGAGAGUGACAAAGGGCUGGCCCAUGUAGCAAGACGAAGCUUGAGCACAGGAUCACUACAAGAGUUGAUAGAUCCUGUAAUAAAGGAAGAAGUUGGUGAAAACGGUUUUGUUCUAAAUAGAGGACCCAACAAGGAUUCUCUGCACACGUUUAUUUCAAUUGCACACCAAUGUGUGGCGGAAACUCAAGACCAACGCCCAACAAUGAAAAUCGUAGUCAAGGAACUUGAGAAAGCAUUAUUUUUUCAAAACAACAACAAGGAUAACCCCAAAAUGUCACUUGAAGACAUAAAACGGGCGACACAAAACUUUCACGAUGACAAUUUCAUCGGUGGGGGAGGAUUUGGUAAAGUCUACAAAGGAAACCUUCAUGAUGGAGAUGGAAUUAAAAUCAUUGUUGCAAAGCGAUUGGAUACAAGGUUUGGUCAAGGAUAA